CCUAUCUUUUCUCCAUCGCAAGGCAGACAUCUCUCUUUGCCGUCUGAUAAUUUCCACAUCUCCUCCUUCCUCUUCUUUCAAUUCGUGGAUUUUCGCCGGCCUCGCCUCCAUCCUCUGCGCAGACUUUGAGUCUUCUGGGUCAUGCUUCUUCUCUGCAGAUAGAAUCAAACGGAACCCAAUUUCUCUUAUUCCUCCAUAACUGCACAAAAAGGAGUAAGGUAUCUGAGCUUGACAAUACAUUACUGGAUCGCGUAAGCAGAGUGAGAGCAACCAACCACUCUCACACUCAAGCUCUCUCUUCUCUCUCUAAACCCUAAUACAUACAUAGAUAUAGAUCUCCAUCUCAUUCUCUGUAUGGUGAUCAUGAAAAUUUGCACAUGGUUGUUGGUAUAGAUCGAGCUCCAACAUGGCCAACUAUCUCGCUCAAUUCCAGACCAUCAAGAAUUCACUCGAUCAUCUCGAUAUUGCUGGAUCUUGAUGAGUUCAAGACCAUUCUCAAACCACGGCUAAAACUAAUUGUCCAAAAUGAUGAACGGGAAUGGUUUAUUGUUUUUGUAUCCAAGGCACAUCCAAACAAUGAUCAAGCCACCAAAUUGUCAAAUAAAGUUUAUGCCAAACUUGAAGUUGAUUUUAGCUCCAAGAAGAGAGAGAGGUGCUGCAAAUUCGACCUAUAUAGUGCUGAAGAAACCUUUUGGGAAGACUUGGAAUCCAAGAUAAUGGAGUGCAUCAGAAAUACAUUGGAUAAACCACAUGAGUUUUCUAUCUAAAAUCUAAAUCAAUUGUACCAAAAAGCUACCCAAAGAACUUGAUAUGUUCAACGAGAUAUUGAUUUUGAUGAAAGUGGAAAUUACUCAAGUGCAGAGACUAGUGAAGAAAUGGAGGAUAAUGAACAUGAUGGAGAUGGUCCGGGAAGACAAGAAAUGGAGGUGUUAAGAAAUGCAAUUGCACAAAGUCUAAUGAAUGCAUCUACUUAGCAUUUAGUUGCAAAUUUCAAGUGACUUUAAUAUAUUUUGUGUAAUGGUUCCCGUUGAACUAUGGUCGGGAAAUUAAUCCAAAUAUUCUAGACUUAUUUUUGUGUAAUAGUAAAACAUAAUAUGCAUAUUGAAGAGUUUAAAGUAAAUCUUUUAU